UGUCUGUAUAAAUGCUGAUUAAUUAAGGGUUCGCAUUAUUUUCCAUCCAGCAAAUCGCCCUAUCGAUUUUCUAAAGUCGUUUCUUUUUGGUUUUUUUGUAUUAAUUUUGGUUAGGGUUACAGUUAGGGUUGCGGUUAGGGGUUAGAGUUGGGGCAGGGUUAGAACAUGGCCUCUUUCAUCUUCCGACAAUGACGUCAUGUCAGUUUGGUGGAUGGAAAAUAGUGCUAACCGAUAAUUAAUGGCGGCCGGAAAAAGCAGUAAGAUAAUAUUAUAAUGCGAGUUUUUUAGAAACGAAAUAUAGCCUUGUACAAAAAGAAUACCAAAAAUUGCUUCCUGACAUUAAAGAAUUACGUUCGUUUGCUAUGGUAUCAAUUAUGUGGACAGAUAACUUUAAAAUUGGACGAAGUUUUAUCAAAUUUUGUGAAGCGAAGCGACGGAAGCCUGUCCUUGCGAAAUGCUUUUGUUAAAACUGGUAUCGUUUAAGCCCGUAGAAGAGGACACGCGUACAAAAUGGAUAAGUAUAUGAACGAUACACAUUCACUUUAUUACAAUGUCGACCAUUCUUCGAUGUUCGGCUCGAAUUUGUCGACGGUUUUCGCCGACGGGCCGCCUCCGUUAGAGGACGGUGAUGACGACCACGGGGAAUUUGUAUUUUCGUCCGAAACCGAUGCUAUUGGGGAGGCAGUGCUCAAUAAAAUUGAAAGUAAGCUACAGCGAGACGCUGAAGGGAGGCUUGCGGGUGAAAAAUCUAGCUUAAAUUCAGAUGUUGAAAUCACGCCAAAUUCAUCAACAGAAAAAUUUGAGGCAUUUGCCAAUUUUGAAACAGCUAAUCAAAUUGAUACUUCAGACAAACAGGAUGCCAGUCUUGGUUUAAGUCAGGAAGUAAAUGGAUACAAAGGGAAUUUGACAAAUAACAUCACCUCCGAUGAUGGUUUUAGUGAUGAAGAGUUUGGAGACUUCUCGACAAGUUUCGGCCAAAACUCAAAUUUUAAUGAAAAUGGCAAUUCUGAUAUUGAGAAACACAACAGUAAUUUCAGUGAUUUUUCAGCGUUUAAUAAUGUACGCAAAUUUAAUGAGAAAUCAAUGUUUUCUCAUAAUGAACAAGUCUCAUUGAAUGGGGCAGGUGAAAGUGAUACCAAAACACGAAGUAAUUCAAAUGGUUUUCAGUUUGCAAAUUUUUCAAGUUUUGAAGGUGUCGAUUAUGAAAGGAAUGAUGGUGAUGCAAAAAGUAAUGACGAUAGUGUGGUAGAACAACAGUUUGGGAAGGAACCUGGUAUGGAGGGAAUGGACAGUGAUACUGAAAAUAAUGAUGCUUCUGAUGAUGAAUUUGCAUCUUUUGCAGAAGCAAAUGAAGGUGACUUUGCAAAGUUUGAGACUAACAAGCGUAAUGGUGGUGGUAAUCUAACUAACCCCAAUCCUGAUGUUAUACCAGCUAAUGAACGAAAUGACUUAUCGAGUGGUAAAUUACCACCUGAUUUGACUAAUCAUAAAACAAGGAAGAAUGAUGAAUUUAGUUCAUUUGACAGUUUCAAAGAUGAUCUACCUGCUAACGAGAGGAAUGAGUUCGCGAGCACUAAACUACCACAUGACUUGAAUAAUGAAACUAAGCAUAACAAUGAUGAAUUUAAUUCCUUUGAAGCCUUCAAAGAUGAUAUACCAUCUAAUACUAGGAAUGACCCAACGAGUGCUAAAUUAUCACAUGACUUGACUAAUCAUGAAACAAAGAGUACUGACGACUUGAAUUCAUUUGAAGCAUUCAAAGAUGAUAGUUUUAACGACUUUACAAGCUCAAGUGAUAAUGAUUUUGGCAAUUUCUCACAAGGUGUCCCAAGUGUUGAAAGUGAAACAAAAAAUGAAUCUCAAAGCAAUAACAAUGAAAGCCAAGCUUCACACCCUGAUGUUUCUGAGCCUGAAGGAAAUGUUGUAGCAAGCCCUGAAACUGAUGAUUUCGGAGAUUUUGCAGAUUUUUCAAAUGAUUCAUUUAAUGCCUUCUCGUCAGAUUCUGGAAUUGCAUCUCAGAAGCAAAGCGAUGCUGGAUUUUCACAGCAAAGUGAUGCAAGUUCUAUGCAGUGGGGUGAAUCAAAUUUUGGGGCAUUUACAGAAAAUGGCAAGACAAAUAAAUCCAAGGAGACUAAGGUUUUAUCUAGACACAAUUCCAGACAAGAUUCUGGUGAGUUUGCAGCUUUUUCAGGAAGUACUAGUGCUAAAAAUGAACCAGAAUUUCAGGCUGAUUUUGGUGCAUUCUCAGAAAGCACUAGUUCCAAGAACAAACAUGGAUUUCAGGCGGACUUUGCUGCAUUUUCUCAGAACACUGUGAUGCAGAAAUCGGUCGACCAGACUUUGUCUAACAAGCAACAUGCAAUACAGACACAGUUGGUUUCAUUAUAUGCAUGUUUUCAAGAUGUUUUUGUAACAUUACAAUACAAAGUGGAAGAUCUUCAACAUGUCAAAGUUCCAGGAGAUAAAAGGUACAACUAGUUUUACCAUUUAUAAUUAUAUAGCCUCGAUUUUGAGGGUGCUAUAGGUGGGUAGCUAAGGUUGUCCACCCCUGUUAGAAUCUCUCUGCACAGAUAAAAUCUAGUGAUUGACUGAUAGUCCGUAUCAGACCGAUUUUUGCCUCAUCGGUAGAAAAUCGGGAUCAGUAGAAUUAUCCGAUUGUGUAAAACUGGUUGUUGAAAUGCACAUUGAUAAUGUUGUAUUUUAAAUUAAUGUGUGAAGUAUACCAUUGGCAUUAACAACAUGUUACACUAGAAAUUAUCAUUAAGGAAUAAGGAUGAAUGACUUCACUUUUAUUUGGUCGACUGACAUUACAAUGUCAGCGUAAAAUUAUAUCAUGUAGAUUGUUCAUGAAUAAUAGGUAAUUGGUAAUUUCUGAUUGUGGCACAAUUGGUCAAUCAGUACAAGUUAUAAUGAAAAAGUCUGGACCUUGUUGAUUAAAAACAUUUUGACCACUUAAUUUAGUUGUAUAAUAAAUGGGUGGAUGCAAUUUAGAUUAGACCAUUGGCCAUUGCAUCCUGUUGUUCUGUUUGAGCAUCCCCAUGAAUCAUUGCAUGAAAUUCUAUUUUUUCUGCCGACGGAGGAUGAUUGAAGAAUACACACUGUGUAUUGUAGAAGGGUUUUGUAGAUGGAAAUUUCAAGUCUGAAUUUUAUGCGCAUUUAUCAGACCUAGCAAAUAUUGGCCCUAUUGCAACUAUAAGCCCUCUGCAAGUUCUAUAUACUAACUAUAUACUAGGCCCUUCACAACUGUUCUGGUUAGGUCUGAUAAAUGUAUAAAAUUCACACUUGAGAUUUCCAUCUACAAAACCCUUCUACAAUGAGUUAUAUUGAGUGUAGAUGCCCAAAAUAGUGAUAUUUACAUACAGCUAUUUCAAUUAAGGUUGGCCCCAGAGCAAAGCGGAAAAGUCGAAUACAAGCGCGAAAGGCUGCUGGGAAUCGCUAAUAAAUACAGCAGCCUUUCGCGCUUGUAUUCGACUAUUACGCUUUGCUCGGGAGACAACCUUAAUUGAAAUAGCUGUAUACACUGUGUAUUACCAUCCUAAAUAACAUUUGUUGUGUUUCCAUCAGAAUAGAUCAAGAAAAUUUAUGGAAAAAUCUGCAAUCCAACAUGGGUGAGGCAGGAUUGAGAUUCACUUGGGAACAGUGCAAGACUUCGGACAAAGUGUGCAAAGCUCUUGCGGUUUCCAAGAAGAAUAUAGCGGUACGUAUCACAACCUGUCAUUGGCUGAAAUUAAAUAAUAAAUGGAACUCACAUAUUAAGCUUCCAACUGUUUUGUUUUUUUAUAGGUGAAUCCAAACAUUCUUGCAAUGGGUGAAGGUUUGGGAAUCCCAGUCUUUGCAACUGGCUUGGUGAGUAGUUUUAGCAGGGGCGGAUAUACCAUGCUAGUUGUGUCUAGCACCCCCCAGGGAAGUCCAGCACCACCCUUCAAAUCGUCUUGACCAUACCUUUUCUGCUUUUCGAAUAGCGAUUAUUGGAGUUUUUACUGUUAGCAUGUGCCGAUUUCUUUAAACGAUUUAAUUGUGAGCUCACAAGAAAAUACUUGGAAUGCUUUAGUUAAAUAUCAUGGUUAAAUAUGUAAACAUGUUGAGGUUGUUAUGCAGCCAUAUUUUCAAAUACACUGUACUAAAAACAAGUAAAUUUACUGUACUGUGCCACAGCAACUGUCCGGUCACACAUAUGUGAUAAAAAAUCGAUAUAAAUUUUAUAAACAAAAGAUAAUGUAAAAUGAAACAGAACGGCGAACAUGCAGAUUCGGAUUUCAGACAUCUCAAAUAAUGGUAAUGUUGGCAUAGUAGCAUUGCAUUUGCAGAGGAGACUGGGCAGUAAGGCUCCGUCAUGCUCCACCCCAUGGAAAACCUGCACCCCUCCUUGCAGAUGAUAGGUGACUUUGUAAAACCUCAACCUGUUAACCCUAUAAGUGGCAUUGCACCCUGAGUUUUGCAUGGUGAUAGUAUGAUAAAAGUUUUGAUGAAGAUUUGGGCUUAUGGAUCAAAAGUUUUGCAAUAAUAAUAAUAUACAUGGGCUUUUCCACAAACCAAAGUUGUCCAGGAGAGAGUUUUUUUUUCCUUCAGCAGUGUUUUCUUCCUUUUUUUUCCUUCAGCACUUUUUUUCCUUCAUGUUUUUGUAUUUAGGGUAUCCUUCAACCAAGUAUUGUUCCAACACCUCCAAAGAUAAAGAAAACCAAAAGUAAACAGCCCAAGGAAAUCACCAGGGUGACAUCAGCUUCUUCAGUGAGUUGAAAAAUGCUCUAGAGAUAUUUAAAUUAUAAUUUCAAAUGGUUUGUGCCAAUGUAGGCAGUCACAACUACUCUAAAAAUAUAAGCAGAAAUUCGACAUUGCACCCCUCUACUUUGUUAUUUUACUCUGUCUAACGCCAGAUGAUUUUAUGCCAGAAUUUUACUUGUCAAGAGGAGAGCACUGUAUGGCACUCAGUGGGUUAACAAAUAAUAACACUAGUUCAGAAAUCAUUGCAAUGCUGAAAGCAUCUUCGAAGUUAUUGUUUUAACGAAAUUUUUAUUUCUUCUAGCCACCUCCAUCCAACUUUCCACAGCAAACAGCUUUUUCAGAAUUUAAGACAGGUUAGUUAAUUUAAUAAUUUUCCAAGAUUUAUUGCUACAACAAGGAAAUUUGAAUGUCUGAUGUCUUUGAUGUCAAUGCCUUGUAGUCACAUCCAUGACUUUUUAUGUUUAAAGGAUAUGAGCCGCCUGUUAAGCUCUCGCCAAUUUGUAUUUUAGAGAGCAUCAAAGACAACAGUUCGGACACCGCUUCUCUUUCUAAUUCUGACACUGCAUCGCUUGAUUUGGAUUUCUUUGCAUCUGCACCAUCCAAUCUUCCAGCCAACUCAGGUAAAAUGUGCACUUCAUUCUCCAUCAGCAGCGUAGCCAGCCCGACGAUUUAGUCCCGCUAUGCAAAUAUUUUCGUGUUCAUUGACUGUGAAAACAGUUAAUUUCUAAAGAAAUGAAUAGCCUAAUGAUAAUAAUUUUGAAUUUGCAUAGCGGGACUAAAUUGUCGAGCUACGCCACUGUUCUCCAUUACAGCAUGUUCCCUAAUCAGUGCUUGUCAUUUUAUAAGAACAUCCAUCAACACUCAGGCGACAAGUUGAGAACGCUACUUCCCAGUGCUAUAUCUCACAAAUUCAGUCUAAGAAACAAACGCACUUAUCCUAUGUACAAGUGCAAAACUGAACGAUAUAAGAACAGUUUUAUCCCAAAGUGUGUUAGAAACUAGGACCGACCAUAGGCAUAACAUUAAUAUUUUAUAGUACUUAUCAUCAAUAUAGUUUAUAGUUUUAAACUGUCCUUUUCGCAAUUUAAAAAAAAAAAAAAAAAAUAUUAUGUUUGUAAUAUCACGUUUUUUAAAUUUUUAUGAAUUUAGUAAGACACAACUACCAUGAAAAAAUACAAGCAGAACUUAGACGUUUUGAACGAAGGCACUUUGUCGGGAAGUUAGAAGGCCCUGCGUCCAAGUUCUCCUUGUAUUUUUGAAUUUUUCAAGUAGUUGUAUCGCUAUCCAUCCGCAGCUGUUCUUUGAAAUAUAUACACAAAAAAGAAUGAACAUGAGUAUUUAUAUAAUACUUUAUUGAAUUCUGAUCGUUUAAUUGUCUAUUUAUGUUCACGUGAUAUUGAAUAGAAAAUUCCAUAAAUUUCCCAAGAGUGCAAUGGAAUACGUUCCAUUGCACUCUUUGCGAGUGCAAUUGCACUAUACGUUUUAUUCCAUUGCACUCUUGGUGUUUUCGAUAAAUCGCAUCCGUCAAAAUGCUUCUCAUACGAAUCUAUUAGUCUAUUUUGGUAUUAUUUAAAACAAAUAAUGAAUGUUUAUUCGUGCAAUGGUAAGAAUAUUUUCAUUCAGUGAAAGAUGGAAUGUUCCAUUCAAAUUGGGAACAUUCCAUCUUUCACCGAAUGAAAAUAUUCUUACCAUUCCACUCAUAUACAUACAUUAUUUGUAUAAUGGCUAAACCAGUGCUACAAACCUGCCACAAGGCUGCUCAAACUAUGAUAUUUCACAGCCUGAAGUAACAUUCAAAAAGUGUCCGAUAAAAUGAAAUCUGAUGGAAAGACUUUUUUUUUCAAUUUCAUUUCGCCAUCCAUAUAUUUGGUAAAUUGCGUCAAUACUGAAAUAAUACUUUUUGGCAAACGCUAUACAGUGUAGUUUAAAUCAUUUUAUAUUUAAUGGUUAUGUAUUCUUCGCAGAAUAAUCACAAACAGCUUACAGUUAACCCAUUUAAUUUAUAAAAAUUAAUUUGCUAUUUUUGUCUGGACAAACGUCUUACCAAUUUAGCUUUGGUCGGAAAAACUGCAUCUAUAAUUUGGUCUGAAUACAGUAUGUCGAUGUCUGACUUCUAUUUGUAAUUUGGUGUGAAUAUAUGUCGAUCUCUGACAUGCAGACAAGCUCUGCAGUUUCAAGUGCGCAAUUUUGUCUAGUUUUCCUCAGCUUGUUCACAAGUUGUUAACGCCUAUGAACUGAUAAUUGACAAGCUAGCUGUUAACGCGUAUGACCUAGUAACUAUAGUUCAUUUACAGUACAUAUCAAACUGAAACAGGGAUGGAUUUACUGGGGGGUGCGGGGGCGGGAGGUGUGCACCCCCUAGCCCUGCCUAGAGGGGGUGCAGGGAGGUGCUAUUUUUCAUGAUAAAGCAAAAAAUUAUUAGAGACAAAAUGAGAUACAGUAAUUUGAGUAAUAACAUGAUGAUAAGCGAACUGUAAACAACAAUUACAAUUCAAAUACAGUAGUCAAGCAAGACUUUGCAGUAGUGAAGCAAGUUGACGGGGGGGGGGAUGGCACACAUGACCGACACAACUCGGCACCAGAGCUGGCAGAGCAGCACCCCACCCCCCCCCCCCUACCAGAUCAUGCUGGAUCCAUCCUUGAACUGAAAUAUCUGACCACUGUGAUCUACAUAAACAAGUGUAAAUUAUAGCUUACAUUACAGUUCUAAGAGAUCUUUUCUAUCUAGACCAACUUAUUACUGAUCAGUGAUGGACAAUUUGCGAAAUAUUGUGAAGGGAUUAAUUUGGCCAAUAUAUAUAUUAUCCCCUGUUGUUGCUGGAAAUUCCAGUUUUUAAAAACUUUUUCCCCUAAAUGUCAUGCAAUCUAUAGCAUAAUUAAUAACCUACCAAUGCUUUCAUGGUUGAACAAUUAUUGUCACAGCUUUGUUACACAGUUAUACAGCUAUCAUUCAAAGGCUUCCAGAAAUGAUUGGGGGGGGGGGAAGCGGUUGCUCCCCCUGACUCCCUUAGUGUCCGCCACUGUUAUCGAUGACCCUAACUACUUUUCAAUUUCCUAUUGUAGAUCAAAGUUCCUCAAGCAGUCUGUACAACUUGGACUUUGCAUUUGGUCCUGCUCUCCCCGGAAACCAAGCUAGUCUUGUGAAUAGCCAGUCCGAUAUCGACGUCUGUAAAGCGUCAAAAUCCGUUCAAGAUGAUCCGUUGAAAAUUUUAAAGAAAUUGGAUACCAGUAAGAUGUCAUCGUCGGUCGUGCACGGAAGUGAAGCUCAGCUGAGCUCGCGAGCAAAGGAGAUAAUGGAGACAUUUGAUGAUCUCUCGUUUAUGCAUUCAUCCGUCUUAAUGUUUCCUCUGCAUAAAAAUAAUUAGUGGAUUAUUAAAUACAUCAGGAUAGACUGAGGUCAGCUCUGCGGCCUCUGCCCACCCUUUUCAAUCUCUUAUUUUUAGACUGACAAAUUUAGGGCUUGUAUAGUCCAACAGAGGAUUCAAUUUAUUGCUUUUCAAUUGAUAGGCAAACGUAUGUUUAAGUGAAUAAGUUCAGCUACAGUUGAUCUAUAAUCACAUAUGAAAAAAUGCAAUUAGCCAUUUACCAAUCGAGUGGAGGACUGGGUCUAGUUGAGGUUUGGAGGGACGUUUGGAGGGACAACAAGUUAUAGUGAGCGAACUAAAUAGAUAUUAAAAGAUGCCUUAUUAUAAUUGUUGCGUUUCAGGCUGCACAAAUAACUCCUAGAUGCCAUAUUCGGCAUAUUUUUAUUUUUUGUCCCUCCAAACAAGCGACUAGACCCAGUCCUCUGCUCGAUUGGGAAAUGGCUAAUUGGUAUUGUAAUUCUGGUCGAAGUUCAGUGGAUUCCAAUAGGAAAAUUUAAAUAGUCCUAAUGGAAUUCCAAUUGGUUUCAAUUGGAAUUUGGGCCAGUUUCAAAUAGAAAUUCCUAUUGGAAUUCCUUCCCAUUGGAUUUUUUGUAAGGAAUAUGAUAUAAUGUGUUUACUAUAAAAUUCGAGAAAGUUUCAAUAAUUUUACUUGCUGCACGGCAGCUGCAAUAAAUUAAAAUUUAGUGCAUAAUUAAAUAGAAGCAAGUUGGAAAUAAUUUGUAUAGUUUUAUAGUCGAGUAAGAAUCAACUAAAAUUUAAAUACAUUGUAUGAAAGUGUCUUUAGA